UACCGUUGAACGUUGCUCUAAGCCGCACGCUACUCGAGUUAAUUCGUUUAAUCAGUGGUCAUCAACAUUUUAUUUUCCCGAUUCAUAAUAAUUCACGUCCUUAAAUAAUAAAAAUGAAUACGUGUGCUAGAUGUAGCUCAGAAUUUAAUGAUGGAGUGCAGUGCUCAUCAUGCAAAAAAUUGUUUGACUUUGCCUGUGCUAAUAUCACAGAAGCCGGUUAUAGAAAGCUUGGUGCUGAUAGAAGAGCCGCGUGGAAGUGUUCGUCAUGCAGAUCUGGAACCGAGGAUCCUGUUUCCCUAGAUAAAAUUUUUAGUGAAAUCCUGGGAAUGAAGCGACAACUACAGAGCCUUCCUACACUGGUCGAAGAUGUUAAGGCCAUUAAAUCUGAGAUGCAGGAGCUCCGUGCUGCAUGUGAAUUCAAUAAUGAUAAACUGGAUGAAUGUGCAAAUAGAAUAGAUGCUGUGGAGUCUAAAUUUGCAGAAUUCGAUAAUCUUAAGGAAGCCCUGAAAUCUACUCAAGACGAGCUUAUGAAGUGCAAACUUAGCUUGGCUGCUAAGGAGCAGUGGGCCCGUCUAAACAACGCUGAGAUUAAAGGGGUGCCUACUAAAAAGGAUGAAAAUCUGUUUUCGAUUGUCGAAUCUAUUUGUAAACAUAUAAAAUGUCAGUUUGCUAAAACAUGUAUAAACUACAUUGCCAGGGUUCCUACGCAUAAUUCCAAGGAAAAGUCUAUUAUAGUGAAUUUCGCUAAUCGCUAUGUAAAGGAGGACUUUGUUGCUGCUGCGCGGUCUGUCAAAAACAUCGUAGCAAGUGAUAUCGGCUACCGGGAUGACGUACAGCGCAUAUAUGUAAACGAUCACCUUACGGCUGAUAUGAAGAAUUUACUCACUAAAACUAAAACUACUCUUAAGGAAAGACUGGGCUACCGUUAUGUGUGGGUGAAGUAUGGGAAAAUACAUGUUAGGCAAAAUGACACUUCAAAGAUUCUCAUCAUCAAUAGCGACAGUGAUUUAAACAAACUUUCUUAACUUGGUUCAUAAUAAUGU